AUUUAGAAGCUCACGAUAUGUCUUCGAUACAACUAAACAUUUAUUCACUAUUAGUUAUGAUUUUUUUAUGUGAUGGAUACCCAGAAAACGAAAACAGAAUAAAUUUUAAAACGGACAAUGGCAAAAGAGUUGUACUAGAUGAAUUAUCAAUUAGCAUCAGCACAGAAUCUUAUAUAGCAUGCGCCAGUUUAUGUUUAUUGGAUGAGGAUUGUUGUUUGACAAGUUAUGAUAAGACAUACAAACAAUGCCGACUGAUUACCGAAUGCAACCCGGACACUGAAAAAUGGCAAAAUGGAAUCGUCACGAGAAAAAAUGGAUAUGUUGGAUGUUAUAGAGACUGCAAUGGCGGACGCAUACUGGGUGACAAGGAAAAAAUGUGGAAUUAUGAUCUAAGCGUAGAAAAAUGUAACAGUCUGUGUCAAGGUUACCGAUAUCAUGGAGUUCAGAAUAAUCAUGAAUGCUUUUGUGGACACAAUAUGAAAUCAUUACUAAAUCCCAGAGCACCAGAAAAUGAAUGCAAUCUGCCAUGUUGGGGAGAUUACACCCAGAUAUGCGGUGGAGGUUGCAGAAUAUCAGUAUACUAUGUACAUGUAUGAAGGUAUAGUUUAGAAUAUAAUUAGUUACUUGCGUGGCCUGA